AUAAGAUUAUCUCUAAAUCAAGGGGACAACUAAAUAGUGAAUUCCAUCCUUAUCAACACCUAACUAUUUUAUCUAAUAUUGGUUGAUUGCACUUGCAGUCUACUGCUACUUGUUAAUUUGACAAUUAAUCUUCAAUCAAGCAUUUCAUUUUCCUAUUAAUUCCUUCACUUUCAUCUCAAUUUCCGUCUAAUUAUCGAUGCCAGCCAACUUGAUGAAAGCUUUUGAUUCAAGCAACAAGAAAUUAAUUUUUCUAUAUAUUAGUUCAUUUAAUAUUAACCAAAUCUUUUGCUUACUGAUCCUCUUGUUCUUGUUUCUAGAGACAUUCAAUUUUUCAACAUAUAUGGAAGGAGUUGUUGGUCCAAGGAUAUAUAGUUGUUGUAAAUGCAGAAAUCGCGUUGCUCUUCAUGAUGAUAUUGUCUCCAAAAAUUUUCAGGCAAGAACAGGGAGAGCUUAUUUAUUUACUCAUGCCAUGAAUAUAGUGAUAGGGGCGAAGGAGGACCGGCAGCUAAUGACUGGUUUGCAUACCGUGGCAGAUGUUAAAUGCUCUGAUUGUGGGGAAGUUUUGGGAUGGAAAUAUGUAAGAGCAUAUGAUGAAACCCAAAAGUAUAAAGAAGGAAAAUUUGUUCUUGAGAACUUUAAGAUUGUCAAGGAAAAUUGAUAGCAGAGGUUUUAUGAACAUGACUUGGAUAGUAUAAAUUCAUCCAGAUGUGUUGUAAAUAUCAGGAGUUUGAUAAAUAAAACUUUAAUGUGCUUCAGUUUCUA